CAUCAGUCAUUUUCCUUUUGUCACAAUGAAUGAAAAAAUUCCCAUCACCACUCAUAAUCGCGAGGAAUCCAGCGCAGCAGUUAAAAUACAAUCAGCUUUCAGAUCCCACCGUGUUCGCAACUUAACCAUCAAGAUCAAAACCAUCAACUGCGAAGCCGACACUCUACAAGACACAAUCCAGCUACAGGAAACUGUCGAUGCAUUACGAACCAACAACCAAGAAAGGCUAAAGAUCAAUGAAGCCUUGAUGAAGCUACUCUUUGCCCUCGAUUCAGUUCCUGGAAUUGACCCAACUGUUAGGGAAUUCAGGAGAAAUGUCAGCCGUCGGAUCGUUGGUUUGCAAGAGAUUCUUGAUUCCAUCUGUGAUGCUAAAUGUGAUGAUGAUGAUGGGUUUUUGAGAGAUUGCUGGGAGGAUAUGAUUUUAGGGAUUGAGAAACAGGUUUGUCUAGAGAAAGGCGGUGAACAAGAUUAUCUUGAAUUUGAAAGAUUUUGUGUUGAGAAUUUGGGGUUUCAGUGCUUACAACGGUUUCUUAGACAAUAAUGUACGAGUAAUUAAUUAAUAUUAUACAUAUAUAAGUUACAUUUCA